AUGGAAAGUUGUACGCAAGGCAAAAACGCCUGUUACGGCUUGGGAAACAUUUCUGAUAAUACACCCCAGGUAUUUGAAAACAAUAGUGGUUCGGAAAACUCUACAAACAGCUCCACACCUUACAUUAAUUGGUAUGAAUUACCUUCAACGGUCGAGAAAGCUACUAAGAUAUUCACAAAGACGACAGACGUGAUUUCAAUUGUUAUUUGCCUUUUGGGUAUAACAGCAAACGUUGUAUCUAUAGUUGCAGUGGCUAAUUUACGACAGAAAAUUACAACACAUUUAAAGUUAAUCAUCAGCUUGUGUUUGUCAGAUGGUUUGAUAUUGUUUGCCAACCUGUUCUUUUACAUAAUGUAUAUUUUAUCAUCCUGGUACGAAUGCAUAAGAAUCACAGUUAGAUUGACUACAGACAUUGCACUUCUUGCAACCCUCGUUAAUCUUCUUGUAAUGGCAUUGGAUCAUUACGGAGCCAUUAUGAAACCUUUACGUUACAGACAAAGGAUGACAAAUCUCCGAGGAAAUUGUGUUGUUGUUGGGGUGUGGACAGUGAGCACAUUUGGAGCAUUAAUUGAAGUGUUCCUAGGAAUCAGCUCUAGGACAGACCCCGACGAGUCACUAUGUGCUGUUAUUGCAUAUGGUAAUUAUGACUUCGAAAUUGUCAUUGUCGGAUUUAUUUUCUUUGUUCUUUUUGGUAUCGGCCUAAUAUACGGACAAAUAUAUGCCCGAGUAAGGAAAGCCAUGCCUCGGCGAGAGAGAGCCAGUGGCCACACGGACUCUGGAAGUAUAAAGGCUUUGAUGACCACAGUGUUGUUUAUUGGUACAUUUGUAGUAUUCUGGGCCCCACUUGGAAUAUACAACACAUAUAUGUACGUUAAGUCAACGGAUAGCCAAUACAUAAUACAGAAUUUGGAAAGAAUCACUUUAAUUACCGACAUUUUAUAUGUGAUUCUGCUACUGAAUGCCUUGGCCGACCCAAUAAUUUAUGCUAUUCGACUUCCAAAGGUGAAAAGGGGUUUCAUUGCUUUGUUUGCAAGCCAGUCACGAAGCAGUGCAAUCAUACGAGACAGAACUUCAACGAAGCAUCUACACAUGGAAAACAGAUCACAAAGCAGUAUAGUCAAACGUGACAGAACUUCAACUAAACAUCAACAAAUUUAA